GCAAGCUACCGUUAAUUCUCAAGAGAAGAAGAAUCCGCAACAAAAAAUAUAUCCGUGAAUUACACUCAUUUAGUCCUGUAGAUAUUAGUUUAAAUGUACUUCUCAAUAAGUCCCUACAACAUAUUAAAGAAGUAGGUCUGCGUUGUGUUUGAAAUAGGAGACCCCUGGCAGCUCAAUGGAAAUAUGAACUGCAGUGUUUAGCUAGCUUGCAUCCAAAGCUAACAUUAGCUAGCAUCCAUCCAUUCUGGUGUUACAGACUGUCUCUGUUUCACCCAAAGACAACAUUACUCUACUGACGACUGAAGCUCCAUCUAUCCUCCAUGGCUUCUUCAGAGGUCAGCAUGCAGGACAUGAGGGAGAUAGUGAUCGUCACCAUACCGGACAAUGUGGGUGAGGAGCUCUCGUCUCUGGGGGAGGAGGAGGAGGAGAAGGCCGUGCUGGUGAGCGCAGAGCUCAGCGCUCAGACGGGGGAGGAAAUCCUCACAGAAGCAUCAGUGGACGCAGAAGCUGAGGCCAACAGAACAGAUUCAAUGUCCAGGGAAGAGGCAGUCAUAGUGAAGUUAUCUGAGGAGGUGGAUGUGGAAGCUGAUGAAUUCUACAACAUCACCUGUGGAGACACCAAAGCCACGCUGGUUUGGAAGAAGUUUGUUUGCCCGGGGAUCAACGUGAAAUGUGUCCAGUUCAAUGGGCAGCUCAUCAGCCCCAAGGAGUUUGUGUGUUUAGCAGGGAAAUCCACUCUGAAGGACUGGAAGAGAGCCAUCCGCCUCAAUGGCACCAUGCUCAGGAAGAUCAUGGACUCCGGUGAGCUGGACUUCUACCAACACUCCAAGGUCUGCUCUAACACGUGCCGCAGCACUAAGAUAGACCUGGUGGGAGCCAAAGUGUCCGUCAGCACUGAUCAGUCUGCUGACCUGGUCCCUGCCCCCCCCUCAUCAGCUGACUUGAAUGGAGCAGCAGUCUCUUUCCCUGAGGCGAUGGAGGAGACGUCAGAGUGGGUCACCGCCAUCGGAGAGGACUCGGUGACUUUCUGGCGUUCAGUGAAGGAUGCUGGUCUGAUGGAGGAGGUGGUGGAGGACUUCCAGAAGGAGCUGCAGGAGGUGCUGAAGGGGCUGCAGGAGAGAGUGUGUGACCCCCCGCUGCAGGUCAAAGAUGCUGUGUUGCUCAACAACAUAGUGCAGAACUUUGGGAUGUUGGACCUAGUGAAGAAGGUUCUGGCCAGUCAUAAGAGCCAGAUGGACCGCUACAGAGAGCAGUACACCCGCAGCCUGGCCGCCUUGGAGCAGCAGUGUGACGAGCACAGGAAGCGCGCCAAGGAGCUGAAGAGUAAAUCCCAGCACCUGAACAACGUGCUGAUGACCCUUGCCCCGGUGCCCGCCCCCCCCACGCCCAAGCGUCCCCGGCUGACCCGAGCCGUCUCCGGGCCCGCCUCCGUCAACGCCGCCCCCACCCAGAUCACUCUGAACCAGAUGGGGGGGCUUCUGACCAUGGCAGGAGGAACCGGCGCCAACCUGGGGGGGUACACCCUUCUGACCUCCUCGCUCUCGGGGUCCGAGCUGAUGGGCGACGCCUCUAACCUCACCGUGCUGUCUGCGGCGGCGGGCCAGGAGGGGGCCGGGGGGUCCCUGCUGAAGCUGAUGGGGCCUCAGUUCCAGCUGGUGACGAUGCAGAGCCUGUCCUCCGUCCAGCAGCAGGCCGGCACCAUCAGUGUGCUGGAAACCACGGCAACCGCUGCGGACGACUCACAAGAGGAAUGCAAGGCAGACGGCGACGGAGGGGGUCAGCCAGAGCAGGUUAAAGAGGAAGGGGGGGGGGAAUCAGAGGAGCAGCACUGAGACAGAGACAGAUGUUCCCCCCCCUUGUUAUUCUCAUUAUUCUGGAUGAAAGGACGGCUGAGGACUCGUCCACAUGUUCACUUUUACAGAUAAUUUAAUUCAAUUUGACCAUGUAGGUAUUAGUAUUGGAGGUAUGUCUGAUGUGUGUCAGCAAUGAUUUGAUUGUAAAUAUGUAACUAAUAUAUUUGAUACAGCCGUGUGUUUCUGUAGGGACGUAUGAGGCCGAAAGAAACAGUGUUGUUGAGUUUAGUAAUAAAUGCUCAGUCUUCAAAUGGAAAACGUGUAUUGUUACAUAGUGUAAAUAUGAAUGUGUUGUUUUUCACUCUUAUUUUAUUGUUGAUCGCUUCCAGAUGUCUUUAUCAAAUGAAAUCAGUUAAAAUGACAAUGUACUAGAUUUGAAAUGUGUUGAGGUGAUAUCAAAACGAGUAAAUGAGCUGUUUUCCACUAACAUAUACAUGUAUGGUAUUUUCUAUUGAGACAAAUGAUAGUUACCUUAAAGCAAAUAGUAAUAAAGACAUUUUCAAUGUAGAUCCAUU